GGCUCGCUUGGCGAGCCGAGCGGAGCCGAGCGAAGCCGAGUGCCGACUGACUGUCUGUCUGUCUGUCUGUCCUGUGUGCGGAGUCAGCGGAGUCAGCGGAGUGCGCCGCCGGAUCAUAGCGCCGAGCGCGAGGAGCAGCGAGGAGCAGCUCCGAGUCCCGAGUCUCCGAGCAGCCGCGGUGCGGUCGUAUGCUGCUCGUGUGUGCCAUAGGGGGCCACUGCCGGACGCGACACGGAUACGGACACGGACACGGCACGAUCACACAGUAGCGCGCGUUCGCGUUCGUUUACAAGAUGGCAGACGACGGCCCGUCCGCGGCGGAGGACGCGACCGCGGCGGUGGCAACGGGACUGGGGGACGGUGAUUCUCGCGUGACAAGGGAGCGGCACAAACGCGCGGACGCCACCACGCUGAUCGUCACGUCGGGCCAGGACGCCUCCUCAUCCUUCGCGGAGCGCGUCGGCGGACACGAGGACGCCUCGAGCAGCGCGUCUCCGUGCGAGCUCGACGAUCAUCAUUCUCACCAAUCUCACCACGAGCGUCGUCUUCAUCAUCGUCAUCAACAUCAGCAUCAGCAGCCUCGUCAUUCUUACCACCAUCAUUCAUCGUCUCAUCAUUGUAAUCAUCACCACUUUAAUCCUCAUCGCCAUCACCUUGCUAAUCAUUGCGACAACGAUCGCGUCAGUGGUGAUUCUCCAUCGCCCGUCGACGCGACUGGGCCAACCGCGAGCGACGGCGAGGAAGAGAACGGCGGCGGCGACGGCAUCGGUCUCGGAGCCGUCGGCGGCGUCGAUAGUGACUGCGACGGUGAUAGUGCUGACGGUAGUAAUAGUAGUAUUAAAAGUAGUAAAAGUGAUGCUGGUGGUGUUGCCGCGGAAAUCAUGACCGGUGGUAAUAAUAAUAACGCGGGGACGCGCGUCGGGGUCGAGGACGCCGACGGCACGUCGUCGUCGUCAUCGUCGUCGUUGCCGUCGACGCGACGCUUGGCGCCGAGCGCGGACAGUGCACCGGAAGUGAACGACCGCGAGGAUCGCGACGCGGGCAGUCGGACGGUUAUCAUCGCCGUCGCGACGAAAGAGGAGGAGACGACGAGAGCAAUCGAGGAGAGCGCGUCGGCAUCGGCAUCUACGUCUACGUCUGCGAAAACGGACAACGCCGGCGUCGCCGUAGUCAGGCACCAGGGCAGCCCGUUCAAGGGACAGGUUAGGAUGGCCGAGGACACCCUCGUCGGGCCCUGCGGCAAGAAGCGGUGCGCGGAUCGAUACGACAGCUCCGAGAGCUCUGACAGUGGCGUCGCGGUGUCUUGUGGGGAAUGCAGUAGCAGUGGCACCAGCGAUAUCACAGAACCGGGCUCACCGUGCAGCACCAGCAGCGACGAGGGGGUAGCUGCGAUACGCGGCACAUCCGCCAGUCCGCUACCGUCUAAAACCGCGUUCAAAAGGUUGAGGGGCGAACCCGAGGCUGGCGCCCUUCCGCGCUCCGGCGCCGCCGAUCCCACCUCCAGGGGGGCCGUCAAGGCGAACGGAAAGACUGCGGGCGGCCAGCACCAUCACGAGUCCCAGGGCAAGAUCACGGAGUACUUUAAGACGCAGAUUAAGCCGCAACAGCCGAAGAUAAAGAAAACGAACGAAAUGGUAUUGGUAGCGAAGAGCUCAGAAUUUCGGAGGCCACCUAUGGUGCAGAGGAAUAAAGGCGGCCUCGCUAAGUACUUGGGGACCGUGUCGUCCAACACAAACCGCAGUACUGUAACCAACGAGCCCUGGGAAGUGAGAACACUGACGUCAUCGUCGACGAAAAAGGUACCGCUGGUCAUCGUGCCAAGGGCCAAUGGCAAGAUAGACAAGAAGCUACCGAAGCCACUGCCAAGUCUGCCAAUCUCGAACGACGUACUGAAAAAUCUGCCCAAGAUCUCAUCCCUUAGAUUAACUUCGGACGUAAGUAUCAAUUCAACCAAGGGCAGUUCUCCGCCCGCUACUGCCGCCGCGUCGCUAUUGGGCGAACCGUUGGACUUCAAGGCAAUCUUGACGAAGCCGCACGUGAACGAGAACAAUAAUCUAACGAACAGCUGUGGAAGUAUCCUGGGAGCGUUAAGAUCGCAAAGCGGCCACGAAUCCCCUAUUUCGAGGUUGUCUUCACCAUCGAAGGAGGACAACAAGGAUGAGGAUGGCCAAUCGGCGCCGAUCGACGUUGAUGAAGAUGACGUUGAUGAAGAGGACUCUUUAGGUAGCGAAUCGAAACCGUCGCCUAUUCUUUCGGCACCUACCACCAUUCGAUUUCCGGCACGAGCGCCCGAGAAAGAUAGAUCUCAAGCUACUGAUAGCGGGAUCUGUCGUUGGGAUAAGUGCGAAGCCAACUUCGAGUCUGUAGGUGGUCUUUUGGAGCAUUUACAGGCUGCGCACAUCAACACGCAAACCGGCAGCGACAAUUUCGUCUGUCAAUGGCAGGGAUGUAAGGUACAAGGUAGGACUUCAUGUUCUCGACGAUGGCUAGAAAGACACGUUUUGUCUCAUGGUGGCAAUAAACCCUUUCGAUGCAUUGUCGACGGUUGCGGUUGCAGAUUCAGUUCUCAGACCGCCCUUGAGAGGCACGUGAAUGGUCACUUCAAUCAACCGGAAACGAGCAACACUAACGGAAGACGUAGUUGCGAGAACGGUGGCAAGCUCGUUAGGAGGAAUGGCAAGAAGCUUAGAUAUAGGCGACAACCUUGGUCUGCAAGACUUUUUGAUUACUUUGACUCGGGAGUAAUGGAGGGUCUUCAGCACAGGCUACUGGAAUUAGCGACAUCGAGGACGCAGGGGCGACUAGCUGAAACGCCAGGAAACUCGAUGGCACUAACUAGUCAAGUUUUAGCGAGGAGAGUCGAAAUGGACGGAAAGACGAAGGUGUUAUUACGAUGGUAUCCCCAAGAUAUAGAACCGGAUGAAUGGGUACUAGAAUCCGAAGUACAAAGUACGAAGCAUGUAGGUAUUCGCAAAGCAGCCGCUAGUAAUCCGGAACAAGUGAGUUUGGCUCUCUAUCCCGCGAUAAGCGGUCGCACGCCGCCGACGGUGCGAGCGAAGCAGCGUCGAAAACCAGUAAAGAACUCGUGAUAAUGCCGGCUGAUCGGCCGGAUACCAGAACUGACCUAACGAGCGCUGAUAUCUCAACCUUCUUCGAAGUGAAGAAGAACAGAGUGCUGCCGUUGAUAUGAGCACGACACGGUCUAUAACACUUCCUGGUCGGUGAAGACGAAGGCCACGACGAUGCGACCUGAAAUACCCGAACGUAUCGAAAGAGACAAAGACCGCUUUAGAAGAUAACUAAUCUAAAGAUAAACGAUCAAUAUGGCUCUGUUAAAAAAAAUAAGAAUCGUCGAAGGAAAUCGUGCAACAGAUAAAUUCAGGAUGUAGUAGACAGUAGCGAUAAGAACAAGGGAUACAGCAAAUGGACGAACAAAUAAAUGAUCAUCCGUCCUCCGUUUUGAGGACGAGAAUAUUGCUCAGCAAUGAACGUUGUCGUUAUUUAUCGAUGGAUACAUCUACUAAUGCGCUAGUUCUACGCGAAUCCCUGCCACGAGUACCUCGCAUAAUUUGACGCUCGUCGGCUUCGGAAGCGCUAAGUCUGGGCCUCGAAAGUGCCUCACCGUGGAUACGUUUUGUACCGUCUUCUACCGUGAUCAAGAUCCCAGGGACAGAUGCGUGGUGAAAACGGUAGUAAUGGUAGACAAAGACAAAAAGCGAAAAAAAAAGAAAGCAACAAAGAGGAGCUUUUGCGUAUUUGGUUUUGCCAAAGGAAACAGAGGUCGUGCACAGACAAAAUAUUUAAGCGGUAGUUAACAAUUUAUAAAAAGAUAAUCACUCUGGUGGCCUUAGGAUUCAAUUAAUAUCUAACAUCGGCCCCUUGGCACUUCCGGGAACUGAGUAUCUUGGCGAUCUCCGACGAUAUUUUGAAAGAAGGGAAGAGAAGGGAAAAGGAAAAAGAAGAUGCUUCUCUAUCUUGAUUUACAACUCGGUAGAAACUCGCGUCGGCUGUCAUCAUAUGAUGACACGAAGAGGAUCGAGAAGAA